UGAACCGCUCCCCCAUCAGUCAAUAAACUGGAUCAUACGGAGACAUAACAGGCGGACAGCUCGGUGGAAAGACAGUAGUAAUGUUUGCUUUUCACGGGAGGCAUGUUUAUAACUUUGAUCUGUCUAGCUAGUUGGAUUCCCACAAUAACGUUAGUCCAAGUAACGUUAUCGUUUGUGCUGAUGGCAAACUGAGUGAACACUGUUGCAUCGAGUUGUAGCAUAAGUAACGUUAGCUAUUACGUUAGGUAUCUAAUUAGCCAGCAAAAGCUAGGUAACCUCGGUGUUUACGGUCGCUUCGAGUAGCCCGUUGCUCUAGCCUGUCACGUUAUCGAUACGACAGGUGGUCGAAUUGUUUGUAAAGAUGGGUGACAUAAACCCAUCGACAUCCCAUGCGUUUCAGUCAGAGGGUUUCAGUCCACCACACAGGAGGAGGAGGACGGUAGAAGAUUUUAACAAGUUUUGCACUUUUGUCUUGGCCUAUGCCGGUUACAUCCCAUACCCCCAAGAGGACUCUCCACUGCGCAGUAGUUCCAGCCCCCCCAACAGUACAGGCAGCACAGCUGACAGUGAUGGCUGGACACCCGGACCCCCAACCUCCUGUCCACAGCGCCCUCCCAAGGUCCCCCAGGACAGGAGCAGGAAACGUCCACAGCCAGGAGCCACACUGUCCAGUCACGGCAAGAAAGAUCACACAAUCACCACCCUGCACCCAGACGACCGCAGGAAAGCUGACAAGAUGAAGAAGAAGAAAAGGAGAAGGGAGAGGGAGCAUUCAGCUAGUGAGGAAAGCGGGGUUCAGCAGGCCCACUCAAAAGUCCCAGAGCUGGAAUACCCCGUCUCCUUUGGAGGCCGAACGAUCAAAGAAGAGCCUGAAGACGAUAUCAGCAUCACUUUCCACCCCCAGCGUCUCCCAAGCCCAGCCCCCUGCAAGGAGGAGCCCAAAGAGGAGCCCAGGGAGGAGCGUGGUGAUCCAGACAUUGAAGAAGGCGUGGUAAAGGUACAGAAGGUGGAGGGUUUUUCGGGAAACAGAACGGUGUUCCGCCAAGGGAAACAGGUGGUGUUCAGAGACGAGGAUGGAUCAGGAGAGGACGAGGACAUCAUGGUAGACUCAGAUGACGACUCGUGGGACCUGGUGACGUGUUUCUGCAUGAAGCCUUUUGCAGGCCGGGCCAUGAUCGAAUGCAACCAGUGUCACACCUGGAUCCACCUGUCGUGCGCGAAGAUCCGCAAGAGCCACGUGCCAGAGACAUACGUGUGCCAGAGCUGCCGGGAGACACAUGGACCCCCAGACACCCGCCGCUCCCACCGCUCGCGCGUAGGCCCACGUAAACAUCUGCUAGACUGACCCCCAGGCCGAACCCUGAAGUCCGACCCCCUUCCACUUCUGCUUCCCCUCCACCGGCUUGACUGACCCUUCCUCAAAUUCAGGUCUUGCGCCCUUCAGUCUCUGUCCCUCAUGGUCAGCCAAGAAACCCACAUUUUCUAUAAACACUUUGGUGGACCUAUCUCAAUCCCUUAUCCCAUUUGAAAACAGUUUGAGUGCUAUUUUAGAUUUACAAAGGUUUGUCUCUGCUUCUCUGCAGACUCUGUGCGUAAGGCAAUCACUGAAUGGAUGUCUGUCUGUAGAUGACAUUAGCAUAGCAGCGAACCGCUACUGACUACGUACUUAGUGUCUCGCGAACACUGGAAACAUUUGAGCUGCCAUAUGGAGAGAAUAGCCUCACAACUGCCACCCACUAUGGUGCAUGCUGGGAUAUGUGGGGAAAGACAGUUUGCACUUUUCUCACUUUUUUUAAGUCUUUCUGAUUAAACUGGAUUUGAUUUCUCUUAGAUGCCUCUAUUAAUGUUACACAAUUAACCGUUUCAAAUGAGAAAACAAGUCAAGCCUUGUGUUAUUUGCUUCAGAUGGUGCUAUAGUAUUAAGCUGAGGUAUAAUCCAAUAGAACAAAGAUGUAGGAUAAGAGCGUGUAGUCCGCAUCUGCGUUAUCUGUUUGUUGUUCUGUUCUGUUAUUUUAGACAUUGUGAAAGAAUAUCUGCGAGGCUUUUAACCAAGCGCUUGUUCCUUCUCUUCCUUCUACUUCACCAACUGUCUUCCAGCCUCGGCUACUGCUCUUAAUGAAGAUCGGCCACACAUGGAGCUGUCGCACACUUUUGCUUUUCAAAAAUGUUUUAAACUGUUUUCUUCUUCCACCAAAAUACUGUCUCUGAGGAGUUAAUUUAUUAAAAAAAAACUUAUUUCCCAGAUUUGAAAAGCUAGAUAACCCCCAAGAUUCAGAGAAGAUGAAAAGAGUUUACUGUCCACUGGUUUUCAGUAAAGGUUUCCCAUUGCCUCUGGUCUGUGUUUUUGGUGCAUUUCAUGGUAGGAUUGAACAAUGGCAUUGUUCGUGAAUACUUCUAUUUUCCAAACCGUUAUUUAAAUGUACCUUGUUUUCAAGCGUUUUCAUGCUCAUGACAGUUUUCAGAGACGAGUAUAUUUAUAGAAGGGAACUCGUAUGGCCGUCCUGUUUAAGUAUCAUAAGAAAUGCUAUCUUAACUGGAAGAGUGUUCGAAGGAGUCAGGCCAGAAAUUAUGCAUGUGAGAGUGUGUGUGUUUGAAUGGUUAACACUGUACCGGUGUUGACAGUGCAUGUGCUGCUAUGAGUUGUCUCAACCAAGCUUCAUGGUUUUUGGUAUUUUGUGAGAUGGAGACAUUGAUAUCUGUGAAGUACUAUGGGCAAGGUCGGCUUUUUUUUCAUUUGUCUCUGAAGGGUCAGAUCAGAAGAACAGAUCUCAGUCUCUUAUCACCUCUCGCUAACGUUUUUACAGCAGUAUUCAGUUACUUCUAUAUGCAGCAGGUUUAAUGGGGGGAAAACACGUUUUUUUUUUUUAUGGCACUUUUUCCCAUAAACAUUUCUGCAAUUUGGAUGAAAGAUUUUAAGCUGUUAUUCAUGUGCCAUCUGCUGUUGUUUCUGAUUAUAUAAAAGCCAUACUGUAGAGUGAUAGAUUUUAGACUCGGAACCUUGGAUAUUAGUCCAGGACGGGGUUUUACAAUGCAGAAUCAAUGACUUGACCAGGGAACGACAAACACACACACACACAAUGAAUGUUUGGUUUGUAAAAACAAAAAAACAAGACUUAUCAAGAGUUUAAAGUGGUUAAGCUCAUUUCUGCACUCUUGUCUUCUGGUAUUUACACAUGUUGUUCGUACCCAGCAAUCACCCAGGUCGUGAUAUUUUUAAGAUGCUUCGAGACCUUAAAUGAUUUGCUGUUUCUCAGGACAGUCCCGUCUUGAAGAGAGAACCCGAAGACGCAAAUUUUAGUUUUAGCCUGCGUCUUUAAGACAAGUGUAAUUCAUGUUAAUGAUGCUCAUUGUGCUACAGCUUGUUUAUUCUGAUCCUGGGUUGUCUUAUCCUCCUAUUGAGAAAGCGUUGUCUGUACUGUGGUGCAAACUGUUUCUGUGAAACUAUUGUAAACUAUUGUAAAUAAAGAGUUUCCAUUUUAA